AUGAAUAUAAAUGAUCAAGAUAUGAUGUCCGAAGAAUCUGAGGAUGAAGGGGGAGGGGAGAGUAGAGAAGAAAUGAUAUACAGAAGAAAAUAUCAAAUGCUACUAGAAAGAUGUGAAGUUCUUCAACAGGAUAAUGAAAGACUGGUUCAUAGAAUUCAAGAAGUUUACAAAUAUACUAGACAAGUUAGAAAAGAAAGAAAAUUUUUAAUAGAUAGACUGGAUGGUCAUGGUGAUAAUUGGAGGCAAGGAAUAACACAAUAUUUUCACGAUAAUAAUAAUCAUUAUGGUAAAUCAUCUUCAAAGUUAAAAAUAGAAAAUCGAAAAAACCGAGUUCUUCAUGUAAGAAGCCAUUCAAGGAAAAAACAGAUUUGGAUAUGUCUAAAAAACAAUUAA